GUCAAUUAGUUCGUUUCGAAAACUACCCGCAGCAGCACGCGCCGUAUGGUCCGGUGUCCUGUUUUGUGCCGCACGAAUAGCCUCCCCCCCUAGGUCUGUGUGUGGUGUGAAAAGUCUUCUUGCCGUCGCUUGAACAAAAGUGCUGCCAAGUCUCGCCCCAGUAGACGCAUCCAACAGCAGUCGGAUUCGUGAUUGGGCCCCAUCCCACCAGACUAGAAGUGUAGAAGUGUUCGCGCGUGCCGAGAGUGGAAACACAAGCAUUGCCAACGGAAAAACGUUCUGCGAAUGUUUGCCGGAAAAUUGCAAAGCUCAGCGAACAGUACGACAUACGGUCGGGAGUAAGACUGUGAUCAAAAGUGACAUUCCAGCACGGACACCGGUGUGGUCAGUUUUCGUGAUUCGAAAGACGAACAGUUGUUUGCGUGUGUGUGUGUACCAUCCUGCUGUGGAAAAGCUUACGAACUUUAUACGUCAAAGGCUCUGGACACGACGUACCAGGAAUCAGUGGAAAAAGGAAAGCUUCAUAAUCGUUACAGAAACCCGUUGCCGGAAAGCGAACGAAGAAAGCGCCGUCCGUCCGCUAGAAUCACCACCACCGCAAGUCAUUAGACACCGGCAGCCAACAGCAUGGGUACCUUGCCGCAGCUAGCCGUAGCGAAGGGAAAACUGUGUCCCCUGCAGCCGACCUUACUCCAUCGGACCUUUGAAUCGAACGUUGACAAAUUCUGUGGCACCGAUACGGCUCUCAUCUACAACGACGAUGUACAUGGUGAGGUGAAGAUCAACUACAAUGUGCUCAACUCGACGGCGAACCGUUUGGCCACGGCCAUGCUGACCCGCAUCAAGGAUCACUACCGCUCGCCGCCCAACACCGACGGUGACUAUAUCGUGGCCGUUUGCAUGCAUCCGACCGACCGUCUGGUGACGACACUGCUGGCGAUUUGGAAGGCGGGUGCCGCCUAUCUGCCGAUCGAUCCGACCUUCCCCCCGAAUCGCAUUCAGCACAUACUGGGCGAAUCGAAACCGGCGCUGGUCGUGUACGCCGAGGACUACGGCAAUGCGGCCAUCUUCGGGAAGACGCCCGCCAUCAGCUACGCCGAGCUGCGCAAACGGGCGAGCGAGCUGAGCAACGCCAACAUCCGACCGGAAGCGAUGCUCGGCAAGGGCAGCGCACAGCUGGGCCUGGUACUGUACACGUCCGGCAGUACCGGCGUGCCGAAAGGCGUUCGGCUUAACCAUGAGACCAUCCUGAAUCGGCUCCAGUGGCAGUGGAGCCGGUUCCCUUACUCUGCGACCGAGCGCAUCGGCGUGUUCAAGACGGCGCUUACGUUCGUCGACUCGGUCACCGAGAUAUGGGGCCCGCUGCUAAACGGCAUGGCGAUUGUGGUAGUACCGAAGAAGAUUACCAACAAUCCCGAAAAGCUCGUCGAGCUGCUGGAGCGCUAUCGUAUCGAGCGGUUGGUGCUGGUACCGACGCUGCUCCGCUCGCUGCUGCUCUAUCUGCCACUGCAACAACAACAACCACAACGGCCACAAUCCGGUUCGAAACUGCUGUACUGUCUGCGCAUCUGGGUGUGCUCCGGUGAACCGUUACAGAUUUCGCUGGCCCGUGAAUUCUUCGACUACUUCCAGGAGGGCGUGCACCAGCUGUGCAACUUCUACGGCUCGACCGAGGUGAUGGGUGACGUGACGUACUUCGUGUGCGAGUCGAGGAAGCAGCUGGAAGGUUACGAAAAGGUACCGAUCGGCUAUCCGCUCGACAAUACGAUCAUCUACAUUAUGGGCCCGGAUCUGCAUCCGGUACGGACGGAGGAGAUCGGCGAGCUGUACGUGGCAGGGUUGAACCUGGCCGAAGGGUACGUGAAUGGGCGCGAUCCGGACCGGUUCAUCGACAAUCCGUUGGCGAUCGAUCCCUCGUUCGGGCGGCUGUACAAAACGGGCGACUAUGCGUCGGUCAGCAAGGGAUGCGUCUACUACCAGGGGCGUAUGGAUUCGCAGAUCAAGAUCCGUGGCCACCGGGUGGACCUGUCGGAGGUGGAGGCGAAUCUGCUCGGGCUGGCCGGCGUGGAUAAGGGCAUCGUGCUGUGCUACCAUGCCGGCGAGCUCGAUCAGGCGCUGCUUGGUUUUGUGACGCUGGAGCAGGACACCCACUUCCGGACGGGGCUGCAGGUGGAGGCAGCGCUUGGUGACAAACUGGCCCACUACAUGAUCCCGCAGGUCAUUCUGCUCGAGAGCAUUCCGCUGCUCGUGAACGGCAAGAUCGAUCGCCAGACGCUGCUGAAGAUGUACGAAAGCACCAACAAUAACGAUGAUACACAGAUCGAGAUCGAGUACGACUAUACCGAUGUUCCGGCGAGCCGUAUGCCGGUGGCGAAGGAUCUGUUCGAAACAGUCGGGCAGGUGAUCGGUCGCUCGACGCGGGCCAAGAUUUGCUUGGCAAGCAACUUUUACGAGCUCGGCGGUAACUCGCUCAACUCGAUCAUCACCGUGACGCAGCUGUGCGGCAAGGGAUACCCGGUUAGCAUUACCACCUUCAUCGGAGCCAAGAAUUUGGGCGAAAUUCUCGACAAAAUUUGUGCCGACGAACGGGACCUGCAGAACCAUCAGCUGGAAGCUAAUGGUAAUGGAAGUGCGGAGGGCGACUUUGACUACCGCAUGCAGCUGACGGCACACCCGUUGGCAGUCGAACACAAAGCGGACACCAUCAACAUCAUUACGUCCAGCUUCUUCGAGAAAGCGGACCUGGAACAGUGGCUGAAGCCGCAGAUCCACGAAACAGACUACCGGGACAUCCUGGAAGACAUCUGGCUGGUGCUUAUCGAGAAGGGACUCAGCUUCAUCGUUAAGGACGAAACCGGUCGCUCCGUCGGAGUGUCGCUAAACUUUGAUGCGCACGACGAACCCGAGGUGACCGUCACGAGCAAACUGAUCAUUGUGUUCGAGUUCCUGGAGUUCGUCGAAGGACCAAUCCGGGACAGUCAACUGCCGGCAGGCAAAAACCAGAUACUGCACUCCUUCAUGAUGGGCACGUGUGCGGAACUGUCGGCACAGGAAAACAUCGAGGCUAUGCACUUCAUGGAGCAUGAAGUGCUGAAGCUGGCGAAGCGUCGCAACUUUGCCGGCAUAUUCACCACCAACACCAACCCGCUCACGCAGCAGCUCGGCUCGACCGUGUACAACUACAAGACGAUGCUGGACUAUCAGGUGAACCAGUUCGUGUACAGUGCGGACGGUACGAGACCGUUCGCGGCGGCCCCGGACAGCCAACGCGCCGUAGUACACUGGAAGGACAUUCGGUGUUGAUUCCGGCGCCGUUCCCGUUCCCUGGCAGAAGCGAUAAUUAGGACCUUAAUUAAGUUAUUUAAUUUAUGAACCACUAUGUAUGUAUUAUCGUACUCACGGGCGCAGCACAAGAAGCGCAGCAUCCGAAAAGGCGGGUGAUGCGCGGCGGGCCACGGGUUUAGUAGCAAUCUUUCUUUUUCCAGGAUCCCCACGACACACACACCCACACGACGACCUACUUUUAAGCCAUUCGGUACGGGGCUUCCAUGUGACGGUUUAGCACGGUUAGCUGAUUAAGCGGAGAACAGUAUUUUAAUGACGCUAUAGAAACAAUUACGGUACGAUCGAAUGCAUCGGCAAUUGUUUAGUUGUACGCACAAGAAGUGUCAGAAGACACCGGAGAGCUAAUGUGAUUAGUGCGCCCCAGAUCAUAUCAUGUUUAGGUUCCAGUGAAAGCUGUACAGAAUUUAAAGAGCAAUAAAACCGAAUACAAAAA